AUGAAGUGGCUAUGGACUAAUACAACUCAAGUUGGAUUCGGUGAGAACGUCGUUCAAGAGCAUCUCAAGAAAUUCGUUCAGCCAAAGUCUAAAGUUCUUGUUACCUUUGGUGGCGGAUCAAUUGACAAAAAUGGCGCUCGCGCUGACGUUACAAAGGCACUUGCCGAGCUCGAAUGCGAAGUUAGAUGGGAAGGUGGCAUCCCUCCAAACCCAGAAUACGACCGUUUAAUCGAAAUCGCCCAAGUCGUUCGCGAAUGGAAGCCAGAUCUCCUUCUUGCAGUCGGUGGAGGAUCAACACUCGAUGGAACAAAGUUCCUUUCCCUCGCUGCUGCCCUUGAUCCAAGCAAUGAACCAUGGGAUAUCAUCACAAAACAUACAUUACCAGAAACAUGCACACCAAUCGGAUCUGUCAUGACACUACCAGCUACAGGAUCCGAAUGGAAUAGCAGUUUCGUUAUUUCCCGUCGUUCAACAAACGACAAACUCGAAUACGAUUCUCAACUUACAUUCCCUAAGUUUUCCUUAUUAGAUCCAAAGUACACCAUGACACUCCCAACACGCCAGCUUCGCAAUGGCAUUUUCGACGCAAUGUGCCACUGCAUCGACCAAUUCUUAACUCCACAGGUUGUUCCAAUGAUGGACAACUUCUGGUUAUCUGUCAUGCGUGAACUCGUUGAUAUUUCUCUCGACUUACUCAAACCAGAUUCAUCCCUCGAAUUACACGGAAGAUUAGUUGUUGCAGCAACAUUCGCCCUCAACCUUGUCUUCACAUUAGGAAAGAACACAUGCUGGGGUAUCCACCAAAUCGGACAUCAGCUCACAGCAGAGUACGGAAUCGAUCAUGGUGCAACACUUGCUAUGGUCACAAUUCCAUUCCUCCGCCACUUCAAGAAAGAACGCGAAUUCAAUCUUGCCCGCAGUGCUGAACGUGUUUUCGACAUCCGUGAAGGCAGUGAUGAAGAGAAAGCUACAAAGUUCAUUGAACGUCUUCAAGAAUGGAUCAUCUCUAUUGGCCAUGUCAAGACAGUCAGUGAAUGUGACCAUGCCAAACUUCCAAUCAAAGAAGGCGAUCUCGAAAAGCUCAUCAAGAUGGUCAUGGUUGCAAAUGGCAAUGGACCAUUUGGAUACCACAAGUCAAUCACUGAAGCUGAUGUUACAGCUAUCCUCAAGGAAGUAAUCGUCUAA